GUAAAUACUAAAUAAUAAUUUUAAUAACUAUUAAUUGAUAAACCGUUGUGUCUUGUGCGCGGACUACGGUGUUAAGUCUUGAGUAUAAUAGUUGAUUUUUUUUUGCUCUGCCUAUCACUACACUACUAAACCGCACUUUUAUUCAUUGUAAUAGGUUAUAGGUUCGUGUUAAGUUUUUUAAAUCCUUCACAGUAUUAUUACUUAAGCUUUCUCAACUUAUCUUAAAUAUAUUGAUACUGUAAUUUAGCAAUAAUGUACGUACAGGUAUCGGAAAAUGAAAACAGCGAUCCGAUUGAUAUACCGACUGAGGAAGACAACAGUGUGGCGUUGUGCACCCUAGAAGGCCAAUAUCCUGGCGUCAUCGGUUUGAAGUACCGUGUUGAAAACAGAUUACGUAUUGUGCGUCUCAACGAAGGGAAAUUUUUUCCGCCCGAAGGUGGUUGGUCAGACCGUGUGUAUAUGUGUAAUUUUCGUAAUGUAACCCCAUCAGCUGCUAAACGUAAGCACGAAGAAGUUGAAGAAAAGGACAAAAUAGAAGAUGAUGAUAAUAGUGUUUCCGAUAUGGAUUUGGUCGUACUCGGUCUACCUUGGAAAGUGACAGAAGAUGAUUUGAAAUCAUAUUUUUCUAAAUUUGGACAAGUAGAAUACACACAAAUUAAAACUGACCCUAAUGGAAAAUCCAAAGGGUACGGAUUUGUACGGUUCAAGCAUAAAAAAUCUCAAGUGCGUGUAAUGCUCGAGAGGCAUAACAUAGAAGGACGCUGGUGUGAUGUACGCAUACCAAACAGUAAAGACAAACAUGUGAACAAAGUGCCACGUAAAGUAUUUAUAGGUCAAGUGUCUGAAGACGUCGAUGAAGAAGCAUUAAAAAAUUAUUUUAUACAAUUCGGUGAAAUAUCGGAUUUGUUUUUACCCAGACCACAUCGAGGAUUUGCAUUUGUAACGUUUACCGAUCCUAUGUCUGCUCAGAAAGUUAUAGGAAAAGACCAUAAAGUAGGUGAUUGUAAUGUAGUGUGUACAGAAGCUAUUCCAAAAAAAGAAAUGGCCCCCAAGUGGAGUGAUUAUGAAAGUCGAGAUAGAUAUAAAGAAAGAAGGAGGGACCAUACUCCACGUGUGCACGCUUGGUCGCAGGAUGAUAUUUGGGAUUAUGAUCAAGACAGCUAUGAUAGAUCGUAUAACAGAGGGAGUGGUGCACAUCAACCAGUUGCCAGCAGUUACGGCAAUGACAAAAAUAUCAAUUCUGAUAUGGUAGUAGCUGCUGUAAACAAAGCGGUAAUGGGAGUAAUUGGAAACUUAAAAAGUGGUCAGGGUAGUCAAAAUGAAAAAACUGGCACAGACGAUUGGUGGUUAAGACGAUAAUGAUGCUAGUACCAAAAACAAUAAACUAGGUUUUUUUAACUAAAAAUUAUUGAAGUGACAACUGUUGGUUAUUAAAAUUAUGUUUCUAUUCAUUAAUAUUAUAUUAAAAAAUGUGGUUAUGAAACCACAAGUACUUAAAUUAAAAACUGUUCUAUUUAAUAUAAAAAACAAUUAUACAACAACACGAAAAAACAAAUUGAUGUAUAUUUAAGAUAGUUCCUUGGAAAUUGUUGUAAUUUGUUUUUUUUUUUGUAACUACAUUUAAUAUACAUAAGAUUAUGUACAUUUAAACUGUAUCACAGUUAUUAAAACUAAUAUAGUCCAGGAAGUAUAAGUCUCUUAUCGGCAAUAACUAUAUUUUUGUAACUCAAAGUUCAAACAAUAAGAAAGUAUUACUACAUUAAUAUCAUUAUAACAUUUUCGAAUUAUUUUAAAAGUUGAGUUAUAAUAAUUGUUUAAAUUUUGCUUUGAAAAUACAAAGAUAAAAAAUUUAAUAGAUAAUCUUUGUUGCAAGUGCGUAAAAAUCAACGGGAAUUUUAUCAAAAAUAAAUAAUCUUCUAAGUUAAGUAAUUUGAUUGAACUCUAGUAAGUAGCACUAUUGGUAUUUGGUUUUUGAAUGUGUUAAAACUUUCAUGGACAUAAAUAUUAAUUUGAUUCAACUUUUAGAUGUAUCCUUGUCUUUGUUUUCUUUCAUGACUAUACUUUGUAUAAUAUAGUGACAGUAAAACUGUUACUAUCGCUCUAAAGACAAACUCUGCAAUUGGUGAAACGUUGGCAAAUAAAUAAAGACUUGGAUACAUCCAAAAGUGAUUCCAAAUUACAGUUGGUACUGCGGUGAUUGUUUUUCUAGAAAAGGACUACACAAUUUUGAAUUCACUGGCCCUAUUUAUAAUUUAAAUGCAUAUAGACAUUGGGUCUUGUUCGGUCAAAAGCUACAACUUUUGUAUCUAGCUCGGUAGUCUAGGGGUUUUAUAACCUAAUUUUGGUUUGUUCGAGCUAUAAAAUAAUAUUUUUCGGGUUCGUCUAGAUGGAUAAACAGUAUUUUUUUUAACAUGGCCCCAUUUCUUUUGAGGACUGGUUGAGUGUACGUAGACAGCCUAGGGCAAAUUAAAUGAAACCAGUAUAGUGACGAAAUUACGCAAUGAAUGCAUGGUGAAUAUAGGUUAGCGUUGAAAAAAAAGUUUCGACACAAGUAUAUAACAUUUAAUUGUAUUGUAACAUGUUAAAUCUAUGUCUUGCCUUCAGAAUUGAACAUUUUCAGGAAGACCAAUUCAUUUUUAAGUAUGUAUUUUAUUAACUUAAAAGUACUUUCGAUAUUUGAAUAAUAAAAUCAUUUGCGUACAUUUAUAAUUUCACGAUAAAAUUUCAAGUAACAGUAAUAGUAUUAGUGAUUUUUGUUAAGACAAUACAAUAGCUCAAGUACAGGGCGACAGUGUAAUCAUGUUGGAUAGCUAUUUGAUUGAGUAAGCAUAUUAUUAUGUACUUGUUAUACCAUUAAAAAUUAAUCGUAUCUCUAAAUAUUACGUUAACUAUAAUUUGGAUAAACAUUUAAUUAUAUUUUAUAUAUUCUGUAAAAAAAAAAAAAAAAUAUAUA